AUGGAUAGCACUCAUUCUGAUCUCUCCGACCCUCAAUACCAAUGCGACUUCGUCGUCUCUACCACCCAAGCCAGCAUCAACGCUGAUCUGUGGGAUUUUCUAGGCGAAGACACCCAGGAACCCCAGUAUCUAUGCUUCCUGGUGUCAGACACCUCCGACGAUCCUAGCGUGGAGAUUACCUUGGAGGACUUGGUGAAGCAAACAGGCGUCAAUCCCUUUGACAUUCCCGAGGAUACUCCCUACAAAAACAACAAAGAUAUCCAGAAGCUCACCAAUGCAGGAUUUGUCGUGGGUAUUCGCAUGCAGGUGGGAGUACCGCCGGGCUUCAUGCCAAGGGACCUGUCUCCUGUGGUUAGUUUCAACAAAGGUAUAGAUAAAGUUGCUUUCAACCUCUACUGUUCAGAUAUCACGGUCAUUCAAAAUUCGCCACCGUCUGGCUUCCAUGGCGAAGGUCAUUGGAAUGUUUACCACCAGCCUGAAGGCGACGAUGCCUCUUCAAAGCCCUGGUUUGUCCAAACCUCAGUGGACCUGAAGAUCGGGGACCUAGACACGGAGCUGAACAACUCUCCCUAUCUUAACAGCCACCCAGACAUCAAGAAACAAUUAAAGGAUUCCCUGGACAACAUAUCUAGUAGCGCUUUGAGUCUUCAACAACUUUUCUUUGACCUCGAUAGUGCCAUUCUGGAGUCCGACACCAGCUUCCAGGGCAUCCCUCCAGGCUCCAGUGCCGAGUUUGUUUUACCAAAAGCCUUUAUUAAACUCCACAGCAAGAAUGCCAAAGAACAAGGCCUGCCGUUGAUCUCGGUCUCCGCCAUCCCGCAGGACCCAGAUCCUUCCGCGCUGGCAAUGACAGCUUUUGAGCGAAUCGUGAGCCCGCUGAAAGACUCCAAUGGGGACCCAGUAGAGAACCCUACGCCGAAGCAACAAUCGGCAACAACAUUAGAUUAUGUUUGUGUGAUUCAUGGUCAGAAUGUGCCAUCAAUUUCAAAAUUUGGGUGGAACUGGGUGCAGCCUGAUGAUGUUAUCAACAAGAGUGGAGUUGUUUCCAUCAACCGGAAUGUCCUGGUGGACUUUAUGCGAGAAAAUAUCCUGAGCCAAGUGAAGCCGUUCUGCUAUUCUGUCACCUGGUCAAAUGUAGAAGCUACACCGGUUUACUGGGUUCUUGAAGAUACAUACCAACUUUCAAUCGACCAGAAUGGGGCCUUAGUGUUCUUACAUACCGGUCACGACCUCGAGGACGCCUCUAAGUAUGACGACCCUCUCCAUAAAAACCCCGACAAUGUAGACAAGAUGGUUGCCGACUUGAUGGAGCUAGCAAAAACAAAGGUCAAAGCUGAGCUCACUGGUCAACUUGAUGAGAUGAAUCUUGAUGUCCUGAGGCAAUUCGUCUUCCCCGGUGCCAAGGUGUUCACGUACAGCAACCCGUUUUUUUCUACAGGUCGGGACCUUGUCUGUGAUAUCUCCUAUGUUGAUCCCAUUGGAACCGAGUCAACUCAGCAAACCCUACACCAGGAAAUAGUGGAGCCGCCCUCCGUUGCAAAUGCACCUUCUGCCCAGCAGAAACAGAAUGCGUCCGGAGGUAGGUUGACUGCCUCCACCGAGCUGAUGCAGAACUAUAUCCACGGUGAGAUUGUUUCUUCAACGGGCAAUUUUGAAGCCCUCCAGAGCAGCGACGGUCACGCCCUCCUGUUUUCGAUCGACUCGGCGGGGGKUUUCCAUGUAUUUGAAGAGCAGAGCGGGUCAUCACACACAGGAUGGCAGGUGCACGAUCUCUCAACUGCCGUCAUUAAAGCCCAGUUUCCUGGGCGCUCUGACGCCGUAGUGCGCACAUUUGGUGUAGGCCAAAGUGCCAAAAACGGAAAGAUAGGGCUGCUAAUUGCUGUCACCGUGGAUAGUAACGAUCACCUGUUCAUCUCCCUCGAUAACUCUAAUGAUGACACGUCAUGGUUUCGAAAUCCCAACUGGACUCCAGUCCCUUUUGAUGCUAUCGAUGAAGCGCCUCAGAAUAUUGUUGUUGCUGGUGUUCUCUUUGCCGAGAUGCUGUAUCAUAGGCAGUACAUUGUUGUUGACAUUCAACGAUCUUUCGGAGGCGGUGUUUCACAUGUAUCCCGCUACCAUAUCGAUCCUACUAAAGAGGACGGGACGUACUGGGUCAAGCACGAGGUCAGCGUCGACAUCGAAUCUGCUAAUUACCAUAGUUGCGUGGGGCAGGUGAAAAGUGGGAAAGUUGAUGGAAUUUACACCGCGGGCUCUACAGGGGGCCACGGUCAGCUUGUAUUUGAAUUCAUUGUUAAUUGGGGCGAUCCCAAGGCAAAACCACUCGUACGACGACUGCACCUACCGGGCAAUGCAGUUCCCUCAGCCAUCGCCACAUCUCGCAAUACUGACUUAACAACCGAUCUUUUCGCCGUCAGUGGCUCCUCAUUAUACCUGUUCCCUGCCGAUAAGCAAAGGGGGGAUAAGGAUGAGCCAAUACUGAUAGCCACCAAUGACCUCUUUUCUACGACUGACACUUUGCACGCCAUGACCCACGGGGGAGUGACAACUAUAUGGGGAAGGAAUUCGAAGUAUCAAGUUUACUACCUAGCAGCCCCAGCAGCCAAGGUAGGUCAGACAGAAGCUUGGUCCGUUGCCGUGCCAAUUCUCUCGGGCAUCGAACGUAUUUCGCCCUACCUAAACCGCACGGAUGGCGGAAAUACCAUCUUUGCGUCCGGCAAUGGGAGGCUCCAAAAGUUAAUUCAAAAUUCCAAUGACGCUGGAAGAAUAUGGCGUGCUCAAGAAAUCAUUCUAUCUACACCACCUGAGCAGCCAGCCCGCAAUUUCAUGUCAUACACAACAUCCAUCCACGUUACCCAGAGCGAUACAGAUUCACCAACACCAAAUGCUGUAGUCAAUCUUUCCGCCAACAGCCGUACACCGGUGCACAUCAAUGGGUUAUACUAUGUCCUAUCCACCACCCCUAUCCAAGUAUCUGCCGAUGCUGUGGGCUCACUCACAGUAGUCGAGGCGGCUGAAGGAAUCAACGGGACUGUAUUGACUAUAUCCCUUGACGAUGAGAAUACAGUCACCAUCGACCCUAUGGAUAAGAGAUUGGCUAAAAUCACCGCACUUAACUCCUCUGACAAGGUGCGUGCCGCCCAAGUGACCAGGCCGACCGUCCCUGGCGGCAUCGUUGGUUCACCACAAUACACGCCUCUAGUGGCCGCAUCAACGAGCGAUGACGAUGUGACUGGUAUUGCAACGAGCCUAGAUCUGAUGAAGACGACCUAUGAGAAGGUCAAGGACCCGCAGAUAUCGUCAGCUGUUCAAGUUUUCGCACGUCUUAAUCAUGGAAUCAUCCCAUCAUCUCUGUUUCGAUCUGGGAAGAUCCCAGUUUCUAAACUCGGGUUGUUUGAUUGGAUAGCCGCGGCGGCAGGUGAUCUGUUCCAAACGCUGAAGGCUGUCGCCAAUGAUGCCAUAAACACCGUAAAGCAUGUGGCCGAAAUAGUUUAUGACGAUGUAACCAAGAGCUUGCACUUCCUGGCAACAAUUGGCGGGCAAGUCUUCCGCGCGGUGCUGGACACAGUCGAUGCUGUCGUUGGCGCGGUGGAGUGGGUGUUCGACAAAAUAAAAACUGGAAUUGAGGAUAUCAUCCAUUUUGUCGAAUUCCUAUUCGAAUGGGACGACAUUCGGCGGACAAAGGACGUGAUGCACAACGUCGCCAAGCUGUGGCUGCAGGAUCAGGUAGACAAUAUCCCUCGAGCACAGCAGGCCAUCGACGGAGUGAUUACGGAUGCUGAGAAAAAGGUCAACACGUGGGCUGGUAUCACUGACUGGUCUCCGGCCCUAGGGGAUGUGGCAUCCAAGCCUGCCUUAUCAAGUGGCUCUGAUCCAGCCAAGAAUCAGACAUCCGGUUCUAAGUUUCUGGCUGAUAAGUAUAGAGACCAUGCUUCUCAAGUGCAGAUCACCGGGGACUCCCCGUCAGGAAAUGCAGUUGGGGAUCUCCUGAAUGACUUGAUAACAGCGAUCUCCCAGGAAGAGACUUUACUAGGGGCAGUCCUGACUCAGCUGCAAAAUCUAGCCAAUGAGUUUUCAUCACUAAGUGUUGAAAACGUUUUGAAGAAGUUGGCAGCUAUCAUUGUCGAUGGAGUUCUAUCUGGCAUACAAGUGGUGGUAGAUGUUCUACUCAAGAUACUGUCCGAGCUAGCUCAGACCGCUUUGAACGUCCUGGACACAAAGAUUCAUAUACCUGUCAUUUCUGACAUUCUCAACAAAAUUGGUGUGCCAGACUUGUCUUUUAUGGACCUGUUCUCCUGGAUUGGUGCUGUUGCCAUUACCCUUGUGUAUAAAGUUAUCGAAAACCACGCACCGUUCCCAGGCAACGACGAUUCUGUAAAAGCCAUCAUCUCUGCAAGGAGCUGGGACGAGCUGGCAGGAUUAUUCGGACAGCAAGGAACGUCAGCAUUGUUUUCAUCUUCUCCUCAUGCUGCCUCCGCUUCUGCCAAGGUGCCAGAGCUCAUUUCCAUGUCGCAAUCCGUAAAGAAGGCUGUCUUCGAGAGCUGUACCUUGUUUGCUGGUAUUCUUCUUAUACUGGGUAAUAACGUGAUUGCCAUAGAAGCAGAGGACCAAUCUGGCAGCAAAAUAAUUAGCAUUCCAGCGGGGGUUAUUGGAUUUCUAUGCGCUGCAAUCGGCGGCGCCGGCAGCUUCCUUGUUCCCUUAGAUCCCGUUGACAAUGCGAUAUUUAAGAAGCUUUCGCAGAUCACCACAGCAGCUGUCAUUGGCUUGAAGUUGGUGUUCUCCGGAAUAGGUCAGUUUGCAUUCAAAAAGAUGAAGAUUGGUAGCAUGGUCUUUGAAGAAUCCCGUGGCAUUGGCGCAAUGCUCAAUUGUGUUUUAGUCAUCCACGGCACAGUGGUGACCUUGUGGCACAUCUACGAGUUUACAGAAAAGCCUGCGGGCAAUACACGCUCGGCAGCCAUCCUGGGUGAAGUAGCUAAUUUAUCCUCAUACGUGUCGCGUCUGGCUUAUGGGCUUGCUGUCAAUGAUGAGGAGCAGGAUAGUCGUCUCAUUGCUAUCCUUACAAUGGGUCUGGCCAAUUAUGCGGCAGGGGGUUUGCAAAUAGCCCAGGCAGAAGUUGGUAAAGCGGCCUUGUCUUGA